AUGGGAAAGCCAUCGGAGGAGGUCGUGGAUCCGGAGACCAUCGAGUUGAAGGAGGCAGCCCAAGAGGCGCCGGAAGACGCAGAGGCCGAUGAGGCGACCGAUGGCGCGAAGAAGAAGAAAAAGAAGAAAAAGAAGGCCAAGGGAGCUGAAACAGUUGAGGAGGAGCCGGAAGAGGUAAAGGAGGAAGCUCCUCCCAUGGAGGCAGAAGUGAACGGUGAGGAGGGGGAGAAGAAAAAGAAGACGCGGCGAGGGGGCAAGAAGAAGGCUGGGACCAGCGGCCUCGACGGGAUCGCGACCUAUGGGGUCUCCGACGAGGAUUUUGCAGCAUGGUGCCAGAAGCUGCUGAAAGACGUGGAUGGCACGGGAGAUAUGCCGGCGCAGGAGCUGAAGAAGCCUCCAAAGGAGUUCUGGGGCUACCAAUACUCGGGCCCCUUGCGCCCGGCCUUUGUGACCAAGCAGCUGCGCAUGCCGGAGCCCAUCGAGCUGCCGGACUACGCUCUCCAAGCGGAUGGUUCUUCUGCGUGUGAGCGCGCCGGGGUGAGGGAAGUGCCAGUUCUGGAGGGCGAGGAGCUGGAAACCAUGCGCACUGCUUGCCGCCUAGGCCGCGAGGUUCUGGACAUCGCCGCGCGGUUCAUGCGGCCCGGGGUCACAGGAGACGAGAUCGACCGGGUGGUGUACCAAGCCUGUGUAGACCGGAAGAUCUAUCCGAGCCCUUUGAACUACUUCCGCUUCCCGAAGUCUCUUUGCACCUCCGUGAACGAGGUGAUCUGCCACGGCAUCCCGGAUUGCAGAGCCAUUGAGGAGGGCGACAUUGUGAAUCUGGACAUCAGUGUCUACUACAAGGGCUUCCACUCGGAUCUCAACGAGACCUUCUUCGUCGGUGAUUGCGAUGAAGACUCGCAGCGCUUGGUGCAGACGGCCUACAGCGCGCUCUAUGCGGCCUCGCAGCUCAUCCGGCCUGGCACCUUCUAUCGAGAUUUGGGCGCCGCCAUCUCCACAGAGGCGUCGAAGAACAACUGCGCGGUGGUGACCACCUACUGUGGCCACGGCGUGGGGAAGCUCUUCCACGGCCCGCCCAAGGUGCCCCACUACCGGAAGAACAAGGCUGUGGGCAUCAUGAAGCCGGGCCAUGUCUUCACGGUCGAGCCCAUGAUCAACCUGGGCGGGAAUGGCGGGGACAGGACCUGGCCGGACAACUGGACCGCGGUAACCCGCGAUGGGAAGAGGUCCGCCCAGUUCGAGCACACCUUCCUCGUCACAGAGACCGGCGUUGAGGCUCCUGGAAAAUGGAACCUGAUGAACUUGCGCCUGCACGCGCGGCAUGCAAUUGAAUCUGCCCAGAAGAUGUUGGUCUACUGCAUUGCCCAAGGCGAGCUGACCGCCUUCCGAUCGGAGCAUCGCUGCGAUCAGGCCGCGCUCGCCUUGCUGCCCAGCGCACAGAAGCUGAGGCGUGAGCUGCAGGAGGCCUUGGAGGCGGAGAAGCUGCGGCGCUGCGCGGCGCUGACGGCACAGUGGCAGCGCUUUAUGGAUCAGUAUGCCAACAACGGCCUGUACCAGGGCAUGUCCCGGACAGCGAAGGUGGGCUACAUCGGCGUCGGGGAGUGCCUUCUUGGAACCUGGUGCGCCGGCCACCCGCGCAGGCUUGUGGUGGUAGGAUUUCGGAUGCAGCUGUUUGCCGCACGAGGCGGCCGCCACAUUUGUGGCUUCCCCGGGGGCUUGGCCGCUGCGCCAGCACGGCUCGUGGGCGACCUACACGGCGGUGACUUCUUCCGGGAAGUAGGUUUCCAGCCAGAAGGUGCACUUCACCUGCCAGCACUGCAAGUGAUGCGGCUUCCCUCAUGGGGUGCCCAGACUGCCCCUCAGCGGGACACAGCACGUGCGAAGAGUACGACUCAGGGCAAAGCGUCCCCUCUCGCGGCAAAGACUGCGCCUCAAUCGGCGCCCGCGGAGCCGACAAACUUCAUGGACCUCGUGCGCGACUUCAACGAAGGUCAAGCAAAGAUGCCAGCUGCAGCAGAGAUGUCGCAAGCGGAGCUGUUGCAAGUGCACCAGGAGCAGGCCAGCGUGCCUGAUGAGCACAGCCAGCUGCUUGCCAAGAUUGCGGCAAGCAAUCCUCGAGCCCGCGUUGGCGAGGUGCGUGAAAAUGCGCUGGCUGGAAAUAUUUUAGAAGAACUUUGA